AUGGCGAACGCAGAGCAGCAGCAAACUCAGAAGAAGAAGAAGAAGCAAACAGAACAACGAGCAGGAAGGCCAACUCAGGAGGAAGUUAAACAAAUUAAAAAAGAUGAAAAAGGACAAACAAAUGGAGAAGCAAAUAAGGAAAGUGUCUUGCUAGCCAAAGCCAAAAGAAAAGAGGCACAGACGAAGAAAAGACAAAGAGAACAAGCAGCAGCAGCAGCAGCAGUAGAAGCAGAAGCAGAGUCUGAGGCGGGAGAGUGCGACAGCAACCAACCCACCAAAGGCAGCAACAAAGACAAAGGCAGCAGCAACAGCAGCAGCAGCAGCAAAAGCAAGAGCAGCAGCCACAGCAACAACAGCAGCAGCAGCGACGAUGAAAGCAACAGUGGAAGCUCUGAGCUUCAGUUCGUUGGCGGGGAUGACCGUGAUUCAGAAGACGACUCUGACGGCGAACUCAGCGCCUCUUUCGAGCUGUUCGACCCUAAAGAAACGGACGAGCCGCUGCUGCUGCUGCUGCUGAAGCAAAGUCGCGUGUAUGGGCAGCUGCAGCUGCAGCAGCAACAGCUCAAGCCCUUGGCGCAUGCAGUGGCUAACCAGGGAAACAUUGGCAGCAUCAUCCGCAUAGCAGAAGACGGAAACACGGGAACAGCCGUUGGCUUCGUUUCUUUACUUUCGCUGCAGCAGCACACUCCGGCAACAGAUCCGAUCUUAACGAAAGUGCUGCAGCUGGCGAAGUCGAAUGCGCCACAAAGCACAGAAAAUGAAAUAAGAAAGUUGCUUACCCCCUGCAUCAGCAGCAGCAGCAGCAGCAAAGGCAGCAGCAGCAGCAGCAACAAUCCCUGCGUGCUGAUUUGCGGGAGAUACCGCAACUUGCCGCUCGAAAUCGUUGCAGAGUCUUAUUUGUCUUUGCUCGAAGACGUGAAGUGGUCGCUGCAGACAGAAGAAAUGGACGAAGCUGAAAGAAAGUUUUACAAGUUUUCUCACGUGCUGGGCGUGGCUCUAGUGUACAAGGAGAAAGGAGAACAAAAGCAAAAGGCUAAAAAGCAAAAAACAGAAAACGGCGCAGGCCGUUCUAACUACAUCUUUGCGGAAAUGGAACAUCAAAUUUUAUCCGAGGGAUCCGAGCUCACGUUCGCUGCGCCGACAAACCAAACAGUGCGCUUUAGCACUUUACCCGACAGCAGCAGCAGCAGCAGCAGUGCUAAGUCUGUUGUGCAGACUCUGCAGGAAUUCAUUUUUAUUUAUGUUCUGCCCUAUGAAAAGUUUGUGGCAAACCAGAAGCAAAUCAAGCAAAAAAUGAUCAUGCUGCAGCAGUAA